AUGGAAACUACUCACUUGCCAACCGUGCAUGAAACUGCCUUGCCUAAUCCAGAUUGCACGCUAUUUGUGGAUGGCUCCAGAUUUGCUGAUGAACAAGGACAAUAUCAUAAUGGGUAUGCAGUCACUACAGAAAGUCAAGUCUUACAAGCAGCUGCACUCCCACCAUCAAAAUCAGCUCAAGAAGCCGAACUAACCGCUCUCACCGUAGCUUGCAAACUGUCCGAAGGAACACGGGUCAAUAUAUACACAGAUUCGAGAUAUGCCCUAGGGGUGGCACACGACUUUGGCCUAAUUUGGAAAACCAGGGGUUUCCUCACAGCCACUGGUACUCCAGUGAAACAUGGAGCAGCUAUUGAAGAAUUAAUGGAUGCCUUGUUACUGCCUGAAGAGGUGGCCGUGUUGAAAGUGAAAGCGCACGGCAGAUUAAAUUCAGAAGAGGCCCAGGGUAAUCAUCUGGCUAACUAG